CAGCCGCGGCAGCAAGAACGGCAGAGCGGGCGAGCGCGGCGGCGGCGGAGGCAGGAGCAGCCCGGGCGGGUCGCAGGGUCUCCCCGGGCGCAGGAAGGCGAGCAGAGUUCUCCCAACACCAUUUAUUGAAGAGAUAUGAAAGUCCUCUUUGAAGCAGUGAUAUUUUAUUCUCCAACCUGAAGGAUCAAAAGAAGGAAGGCAAGAAAAAAACUGGGGUGAGGAGAUGGAGAUAUCCUCUGAGAGCCAAGCAAAGAACAUUAAGGAAGAGAAGAGGAAUGAGGCUGGAUACAGUGCAGUGAAAAGAGGCACUUCAAGGAGAGGGGUAUCUGCUACCCAGCGACGGGACUGUGUCAUCAGAAUGAGAACUUAUCGGUACUUCUUGCUGCUCUUUUGGGUUGGUCAGCCGUACCCAACUUUCUCAGCUCCAUUAUCUAAGAGGACUAGUGGUUUCCCAGCAAAGAAAAGGGCCGUGGAGCUCUCUGGAAACAGCAAAAAUGAGCUGAACCGUUCGAAAAGGAGCUGGAUGUGGAAUCAGUUCUUUCUCUUGGAGGAAUAUACAGGAUCGGAUUAUCAGUAUGUGGGCAAGUUACAUUCAGACCAGGAUAGAGGAGAUGGAUCACUUAAAUAUAUCCUUUCAGGAGAUGGAGCAGGAGAUCUCUUCAUUAUCAAUGAAAACACAGGGGACAUACAGGCCACCAAGAGGCUAGACAGGGAAGAAAAACCCGUGUACAUCCUUCGAGCUCAAGCUAUAAACAGAAGGACAGGGAGACCUGUGGAGCCUGAGUCUGAAUUCAUCAUCAAGAUCCAUGACAUCAACGACAACGAGCCAAUAUUUACCAAGGAGGUUUACACGGCCACUGUUCCCGAAAUGUCUGAUGUCGGCACAUUUGUUGUCCAAGUCACUGCAACUGAUGCUGACGAUCCAACGUAUGGAAACAGUGCUAAAGUUGUCUAUAGUAUUCUACAGGGGCAGCCCUAUUUUUCAGUUGAAUCAGAGACAGGUGUCAUCAAGACAGCUUUGCUCAACAUGGAUCGAGAAAACAGGGAGCAGUACCAAGUGGUGAUUCAAGCAAAGGAUAUGGGCGGCCAGAUGGGGGGAUUAUCUGGGACCACCACAGUGAACAUCACUCUGACUGACGUCAAUGACAACCCUCCACGGUUUCCUCAGAGUACAUACCAGUUUAAAACCCCUGAAUCUUCUCCACCUGGUACACCAAUCGGCAGGAUCAAAGCCAGCGACGUCGACAUAGGAGAAAAUGCUGAAAUUGAGUACAGCAUUACAGAAGGAGAGGGACUGGACAUAUUUGAUAUCAUCACUGACCAGGAAACCCAGGAAGGGAUUAUAACUGUCAAAAAGCUCUUGGACUUUGAAAAGAAGAAAGUGUACACCCUCAAAGUGGAAGCCUCCAAUCCUCACGUUGAACCCCGCUUUCUCUACCUGGGUCCGUUCAAAGAUUCAGCCACGGUUAGAAUUAUGGUGGAAGAUGUAGAUGAGCCCCCCGUCUUCAGCAAACUGGCCUACAUCCUACAAAUAAGAGAAGAUGCUCAGAUAAACACGACAAUAGGCUCGGUCUCAGCCCAAGAUCCAGAUGCUGCCAGGAAUCCUGUCAAGUAUUCUGUCGAUCGACACACAGAUAUGGACAGAAUAUUCAACAUUGAUUCUGCAAAUGGUUCAAUUUUUACAUCGAAACUUCUUGACCGUGAAACAUUGCUGUGGCACAACAUUACAGUGAUAGCAACAGAGAUCAAUAAUCCAAAGCAAAGCAGUCGCGUACCUCUAUACAUUAAAGUUCUAGACGUCAAUGACAAUGCCCCAGAAUUUGCUGAAUUCUAUGAAACUUUUGUCUGUGAGAAAGCAAAAGCAGAUCAGUUGAUUCAGACCCUGCGAGCCAUUGACAAGGACGACCCUUACAGCGGACACCAAUUUUCAUUCUCCUUGGCCCCUGAAGCAGCCAGUGGCUCAAACUUUACCAUUCAAGACAACAAAGACAACACAGCGGGAAUCCUAACUCGGAAAAACGGCUAUAAUAGACACGAGAUGAGCACCUAUCUCCUGCCUGUGGUCAUUUCAGACAACGACUACCCAGUUCAAAGCAGCACUGGGACAGUGACUGUCCGGGUCUGUGCAUGUGACCACCACGGGAACAUGCAGUCCUGCCAUGCGGAGGCCCUCGUCCACCCCACGGGACUGAGCACGGGGGCUCUGAUUGCCAUCCUACUGUGCAUCGUGACCCUACUAGUGACAGUGGUGUUGUUUGCAGCUCUGAGGCGGCAGCGGAAAAAAGAACCUUUGAUCAUUUCCAAAGAGGACAUCAGAGACAACAUUGUCAGUUACAACGACGAAGGUGGUGGAGAGGAGGACACCCAGGCCUUUGAUAUCGGCACUCUGAGGAAUCCCGAAGCCAUAGAGGACAGCAAAUUACGCAGGGACAUUGUGCCCGAAGCCCUUUUUCUACCGCGACGGACUCCAGCCGCUCGUGAUAACACCGACGUCCGAGAUUUCAUUAACCAAAGGUUAAAGGAGAAUGACACGGACCCCACUGCUCCACCCUACGACUCCUUGGCCACCUAUGCCUACGAGGGCACGGGCUCGGUGGCCGAUUCCCUGAGCUCGCUGGAGUCGGUGACCACGGAUGGAGACCAAGACUAUGAUUACCUUAGUGACUGGGGCCCUCGCUUCAAAAAGCUAGCAGAUAUGUACGGAGGGGUAGACAGUGACAAAGACUCCUAGUAUGUUGCCUUUUUUCAUUUUCCAAUACGAAGCUGAAAUACGUGAAGUGGCUAUUUCUUUCUAUUUAUCCACUAUUCCGUGAAGGGUUCUCUGUUCUACCCGUUCCAAAAGCCAAUGGCUGCAGUCCGUGUGGAUCCAAUAUUAGAGACUCUUUUCUAGUACACUUUUAUGAGCUUCCAAGAGGCAAAUGUUUAUUUUUUAGUGCAUCCACUUAACCAUGUCAGUCAGCCCAACAGCCACUGUGCUGGAGGAGAGGACAGAGAGUAACCUUUUCCCUUGCUCUCUUAGGGCAAGUUUGGAACAUGCUGAUUCCACUGGCCUGGUCUUUUUGCUACACUCCAUUGACUCAGGUCAGCUGACUGCUCUGACUGUACACUUCACAUGCUAAUGGGAUGAGGGAUUGUGCUUUAAUGAUAAAGAUACAGUUUUAGUAAGAGAAAUGAGGAACAACUUCACAGUUGUUCCUGGUAUAUCGGUUCACAAGGAGAUAAUGAACUAUAUAUGGGUGUGUUUCUGUCACAAAGAAUUUAAAAUAUCUGCCCAUCUUGUUUGUUCUUCAAGAACUUUUUCUGACACCAACGACUAUUCAAAACAUCAGAUCCACCAAUGUUUUAAGAUUCUCAUUCCUCUUUAGAAAUAGAAGCAAAUUAAAUGGUAACAUUCCAAAACAACAACCAAAAAGAAAACUUAGUAAGACCUCAUUCCUUGCCACUAACUUAUAAUUUGUUAUAUAUUAGACAUGCAGAAGUUUGCCCUUGCACCAUAUAAAGGAAAAGGGAAAACAGCUAAUAAGGUUGACAAAGGAAAUAUUUAGCAUACUUUAAAGUUUGGGCCACCAAAUAUACCACAGAUUACUUGAAAUUAUUUCAACCAUCAGUAGGCUAAUUAUAAAUAAGUCUAAUUGUUUCAAAGUUCUUGAAGGAACUUUUCUGAGACAAAUUUUAACUCCUUGUCUGUAGUUGUCCUCAGUAUUAUACUAAUAUACUUGAAAGUAGCAGUGUGAAGUACAAUAAUUCAUAUUCUUCAGAUACUUCUUACACAAUUAAGUUGCAUUAGUAAAGGUAGAUUAAAUAAAACUCAAAUCCUGCUCUCAGAGUUUAAUGGGGAGGUAAGAGCCAGCCACACUUGAACUUGAUACCCUGUCCUUCACGUCUGGAAACAUCUAUCUAUUUAUAUAAUGUGAUAGAUAUAGAUGAACAUUGAGAUCAUGGUGAAAAUCUACAUAUUACAUAUUUGGAAGAUGCUUACACAGGGAAAAACUUGAAUUCCUUUCAACAAGAGUGUUUCAGGUUGUAAUUAACAUGAUAGUUGACUUUCAAAAGUAUUAAUAUUUUUUCAUUGUUUUUAACUUGGUUUCCAUGGCAACUCUGCCAGCCUUGUCUUUGAGCUAAUGAUAAAGUAAUGGUCUCAAACUAUGACAGAAAAGUAAUGUACAAUCCAUCCAAUCUAUUAUUUCUGUAAUUAUGCAAUUAGCAUCACAGUUAUUAUCCAGAGGACCCAACUGAACUGAACGAAUCCUUUUGGCAGGUUCAAAUCAUUUAUUUCAUACGGCUGUUCUAAUGACUUUUAUCAUUAGAAUCUGACAUUGUGCAGUCAUCAGAAAUUUCCCAAGUACUGUAAUGAAAACAUCCUUGUUUUGAAAAACUUUAAAAAAACAGGCUGUGUAUAUAUAUAUAAUAUGUACUUAAGAAUAUGCUGACUUCAAUUAUUAGUCUUAGGGGUUUAUUUUCAAUUAAUGUUAAUUUUCUACAGAUAAUCUUAGUGUAAUUUCCAUUUGAGGAUACUGUCAUAUCAGCACAUAUUUUCUACUUGGAAACACACUGUUGUUUAGUUCAGUUUUAAAUAGGCAUAUUACCCAGGAAGUAAAGACGGCACCUUUGAAAUAAGAGAAAUAUAGUAUUUUGGGUUAGGCAAGUAGAGUAAAAAAUUUUUACAAUCUUAUUAUUCCUUGUGUUUCCUGAAUGGUUUCCUAUUUUGUAAUAGACUUCCCUGUAUACUAACAAGUAUUUCAUGCUUGGGCUAUUUCUUGCUUUCAGGGUUUUCUUUUGCUAGUUCUUCAUACACACACAGACAUACACUCACACAGAGGAAUGCAAACAAAAUACUAUAGGAGGGCUUCACUGUAAUGAGUCAAUAUAUAUCACAGUCACAGGUAAGUGUUGAAAAAAGAUAGCUUAGUAAAGUUAAUUAAUAAGAACUAGUUAUUUAUAGCAAUAGAACAGCACCUUAAUUAUCUGACUUACUGUAAAAUUAAAGAGCUCUCUAUCCUUAUGUUUCAUGUCAUGUAACAAAUUGAAUCAAGAAAGUAAGUCCUGUAAAAAGAAAGGUGUCAUCAGAAGUCUUCCUUUUGAACUUUUGGCGUUACUUGGAAUGUCUGAGGGUUGACACUAGCAAUUUCCAAUGUUUAAGGGUAAGGUUUACUCUUUCCUGAGAAGUGAAAGUAAGUAUUUCUGUAGUGGAAUAUUUGAGAUGUAAUUGGCAGGGUAUUUUAUCCCACCCUGAAGAUGAUAUAAUAUACCAAGAACAGGAUAAUAUAACUAAAUACUCAAAUAACUGUCUAAUCUCCUACCACAAAACCUGAUGAUGAAGUGAAUCUCUAAGAAAUUGGACAAUUUGAGAGUGGAACUGAAUUAGCGUGAGAGUCCUGUAAGUAUCAAAGUGGAGCAAUAUUUUCCUAUAAUUAAGACUCUGAUGUCAUGGAAACAAUAAGAGCCACAGUGUGGGUCUCACUUCUUUCCCACCAAGGUAUCAGGUCAAGCACUCAGGUCAACAUGAAUGAUUACUGAAGAAAAAAAUGUUUUCAGCUCAGUUUUCACAUUGUCUCUGUCCUGAUAUUAGAUGUUAGUGAUGAGAAAGAUGGAAGGAAAGGGGGAAGAGAUAAAAUUUCAAUAUUUGCUGUAAUCACUGAGAAAUUAAAAUUCAUUAAAUAUAAGCAGAUUGCUUUUGUAAGUUGCUUCAAGGACUUUGAGGCCUCUGUGACAUUUUUUUUCCCCUCUAUUCAAAGGGGAGAGUUUCUUCAAACUAUUAAGAUGUUCCCUAAAAUAAGCUGAAAUUUUAAAAACAUUAAACCAUUGAGCAUAAGUUUAAAGCUCCUUCACUUCGUGGCCACUUUCUACUGAAAGACCUGGAAAACAUUUGUCCCCAUAUAAAAAAAUAAAUCAAAUGGGAGAGAAGCAAAGAGAGUUCCAUAAAACCAUAAGAGAGGGGAUCUGGGCACAGUAAACACACGUAUUUUACAGAACUUUCUUAGCUUUACGGUUUAGGUGCAUAAAAGGAGGGUCGAAUAGAAAUUGACUCCAUUUGCCAGGAACAAAACCUGGCAAUUCAAUUUUAACUCAGUAUAAAAAUUUUUGGUUUAGUGUUCAUUUUCAGCUCCCAAAAAGUUGUAAAAAAAAGUUCUUAAAAGUUGAAUCUCUAUCUCAGAAGCAUACAAAUUUUGUGAUCCAAAUUAACUUUAGAAUGUUUCCAUUACUUUCAUCUUUAAGUGCAUAAAUUUUAGAUGUCCUGAUUUGCUAAGCAACACCUUACAUCAAAUGCUUUGCCUUGAAAUGUUUAUUUCAUUGGAGAUAAUAAUGUAUAAACUAUGAAUUGGGCAUUCCUCAAUUCUAUAUACUUGAGGACCAUAAAAAGUAUGCAGUUUAAAGGAAAGAAUAGAGCUGACUCUUGUGCACAAACUAAAUAUUUAAAUCAGGUACAGCUAUAUUCAUUUUCCCCGGAACCGAAUCACCAAAGAAAUUAUUUUAUCCUAGUUAUUAGGUUUGAAGUAGUGUAAUUACUUUGAAAGAAUGCUCUAAAAAGUCAUGAUCCCCACUAUUUGGAAAGGUAUCCUCUGAAAAGGAUCAUUUUAGUUUAAAUUUAUUUUUUACGUUCUUAUCUAGAUGAAAUCUUUUUUGAAUUGUGACCGAGGAUUAAAAAUCCAGUCUACUGUGUUUACAUUAACCUUACAAGCCAGCCUUCUCUAUCAGAUCAUAAGAGUGGAAAGAUUAAGACUUAGUGUGUGGAUCUUCAGGAAGAUGAACUGUUUCCUAAGGUCUGACAAGCAGCUUUCUUUUCCAGAGAAUACAGAAUUUCAGUAUGGUCUCCUUAAAAGUUCGGUGACUGUUACGGUUGCAGCAUUUUUAAUCUCUCUUUGGCAUCUUUAUGGAAUAAUUUUCUAAAGGGAUAAUUCUCUACUAAAAAAUAGCAGACCCCGAGCAUAUUUAAUGUUCAAAACAAUACCCUCUUAGAAAGGAAAUACAGUGACUCACACACUUGUUAAAAGUUAAUAAAGAAAUAGCUCAUUUUUAAAGCCAGAAGUUUAUGGUCUCUGCAUCAUCAAUUUAAUUUAAGCAUUGCGGACACAAUCUUUAAUCUACUCCCCAUUUUGUAAUACCUUAUUUAUGAUGCAUUGUCAUUUUUUAAUUCAGGGAGAACAUUAGCCCAGCAGAGCCAGCAGAUGAAAGAGCCGAAAGGAGAUCAGAUGGAAACAAAGCUAUUACCCACUGUAUUUCAGACAGGACCGAGGCACUUAGCUGAAGAGCCACUGGGUUAUUAGAUUAAUUUCAAAAGAGCUUUUACAAGUUACUUAAUUCCAUUUUUUUUAAGAACCCAUGGACCACAAACUCAAAUUUCUUCUCAAAUGGGGUUAAUUUGACAAAUGAGGCAUGGACCCAGCAUUGUGGAAAAAGCAUUCCACUCUAAUGAGAUCUUGGUCUUUCUUGCAAGACUCUGCUAUGUAUGUAAAUAUAUCUAGAGGCACCUUCUAUAAGCUUUUAGUUUUCUAUGAUCUAUUAGUUAGUGUUUAUUAAGGAAUCAAAUGUAUAGAAUAACUAGGCAUUCAGGGGGAGUGUUGUGUAGCAAACGUAACACUGAUCUGCUCAGAAGACACAUAGGAACGCUUCGAAAGCCCUGUACUGUUUUGUUUGUGAUUAUUUUCAUUGCUUUGAAAGUACACUGCAUAAGAAUAGGCCUUAUGAUAAAUGCUACGUACGUCUUCAGUAGUACCACGCUAAGGCAAUGUGGCGUUCUCCUACCGUGAUUUGUGAUUUUAAACCCAGAAAAUAAAAGCUUUUUGGUGUUGAUUGUUUUUAAUUAAAAAUACUUCCAAGUAUAAAUUUAAGCUGACGCCACUCUUGAAGAUUUACUGGCUGGAGUACGCAGUUCAUACAGUUUUUCUCAGCAUCACUCGUGUCUUUGGCAACGAGAACCCCUGAUGGAAACAGUCACCGCUCGGCUUUCAUCCACAUUUCUAGUUAGGGAGAUUUUCAUAACUUCACAGAUUACAUGAGAAAGUUUUCUGUAUUAGAAGAAUGGGGUUGAGACGAUUACCUUUUAGCUCAGUGUGGCCGGGCCUUUUGUUGUAGUCAAAUGGCAAAUACACGCUCCUUGAAAUGGCUUCUUUUAUUUUCCUUUGUUUUCUUAGACGUAUAAAUUUGAAAAGAAUGCAAUUUAAAAAAGUGAUUUCUCAAAGAGUAAAUAUGCCUUUUGCAAAUCAAUUUUUGUAACAAGUUAUUUAUAUGAUAUUACUUAAUAAACUGGUUUUUUUCUAA